AUGUUGGAAUAAUUCCAAUAAUAUAUUCAUUAGAUCAUCCAGAUAUCAGUACACAAAUUCUUCUUGCUUGUAAACUUCAAUUUUAUAUUCGACAUGCAUUUUUUCAAAUGAUGAGAACAUAUAAAGUUCUUGCUUGUAUUGAUCGUUAUGCACUUUGUAGUACAAAUGUUCAUAUUCGUUCAUUUAGUCAACGGAAAAUAUCAAUUAUUCUUAUCAUAGCUUCUGGCAUAUUUUGGUUAUUGGUUGUUAUCUUCUUUGGUGUUGUUCGUACUAUUAAAAAUAAUUCAUGUAAUAUAUUUGAUAGUGUCGAUCUAAUGAUUUAUACAAUUUAUUAUUUAAUAUUUGCUGGAUUAUUACCACCAACAUUAAUUAUAAUAUUUACAAUGUUAGUUUUCAAAACACUGAAACAACUUCGAAGUCGUGUUAAACCAACAGCUGAAAAUGGUGAAAGAAAUACAACAACUGUUCUUCGAAAACGUGAUCGAGAUCUGAUUAAAAUGGUUUUUAUUGAAGUGAUGUUUUAUACAAUUAGUACAUUACCAUUUUCAGUUUAUCUUGUUUAUAGUCUCAUAACAAGUAAUAUAAGUAAAAGUAAAGAACGUCAACAAGUUGAAUCAUUUGUUAAUUAUUUAACCCAAUCAUUUAUUAUGUAUUUUAAUACAGCUUUACCAUUUUAUAUUUAUUUUUUUACAUCACCAUCAUUUCGAAAACAACUGAAAAGAGUUAUUAUAAAAUAUUAUUGUUUUAUUAUGGGAAAAGAUAUGCGAUUAGAACAAGAUGACACAACUCGAACAAUCACUGCAAAAAAUUAA